GCUUGACACCGUGACAAUGACAUCCAUUCAAAUAAUACCCAAAGAGUUGUUUGGUAAUCUGUAGAAUGUUCGUUAACAGUUUGGCAUUGUUUUGCAUUCGAAUAGUCGUCGAUUUUGUUAGUAAACAGUGAUUUUUGCAAGAAGUAAUGCCACCAACAACUGGCGAAGAAGCAGCCUCACAGAGUGCUGCAAUGGAUAAGUCGAUGUCUGAUAGUGAAGAGUCUUUGCUUGCAGAUGAAGAUGGAAUGUUUGUUGAUGGCAUUUAUAUCCCUCCAGCGCAACCCCCGACGCUUUCCAUGGACCCAACGGGGCCACGGUUGAUAAUAACGCAAAUCGAGAACCACUUUUUCAAGAGUUAUGCUGAGAACGAGGUGCUGGGCCCUUUUCACAAGUGCUUCAACGCAAUUGUGGGGCCCAAUGGAAGCGGCAAGAGCAACGUUAUCGAUUCCUUGCUCUUUGUGUUUGGCUACAAAGCCAGCAAAAUUCGAUGCAAAAAGGUUUCAGUGCUGCUUCACAACUCUGAUCAAUUCCAAAAUGUGCAAUCCUGCACUGUUGCGAUUCAUUUUGCCGAAAUUAUCGACACAGAAGGCGAUGGCUACGAUGUUGUGCCGGGCAGUGAGUUUGUGGUCUCCAGAACUGCUAACAAGGAUAACUCUUCAUUUUAUCAACUCAACCAUACACGUGUGCAGUUUAAAGACAUUGCGAUGCUACUGAAGAAGCAUGGUAUUGAUUUAGAACACAACAGGUUUUUGAUUCUGCAAGGAGAAGUCGAACAGCUGGCCAUGAUGAAGUGCAAAGGUGAAAAAGAGGGAGAAACUGGAAUGCUGGAGUAUCUUGAAGAUAUAAUCGGAACCUCUAGAUAUAAGAAGCCUCUAGAUCAAGUCUUUGAAAGGACGGAAAUCCUGUCGGAGAAAACUACGGAAAAACUGAACAGACUCAAACUGGUCCAAAAGGAAAUGGACGAAUUAAAAGAACCAAUGGAAGAGGCGGUUAAGUUCCUCAAAACGGAAAACACCAUUGUGAGAACUAAAAAUUUAAUCUUUCAAAAAAAUCUGAAAAACAUUAAGGAGAAGGAAGAGGUUGAGGUCGCAAACCGCGAAGAAAUUGCCAUUGUCCAGAAGCAGUUCGACGACCAAUUGAAGACUCUAAAAGCACAGAAGCAAGAGUGCAAAGAUCGGCAGGACAAAGAAGCAAUGAUUUAUGAGAAUCUCAAACAUAAAAAAGAGAGCAUUAAAGAGGCUUUCGAUAAGGCCAACAAGAAGGAUAUUCUGUUACAAGCAAAUAUGACAAACAAAAUCGAAGCCAGGAAACGAAAGAAACAGCAAAUUGUAGAGGAGAAGAAGAAACUGGUCAAACUGGAAGCGGUUCCAGAAGAAAAUGAAAAGGCUAUUAAUGAAGUGGAAACAAGAAUGGAACAGAUUUCGGUUGAAAAAGCGGAAUACGACGCUCAGAAGGAAGUUUUAUUAGUAAAAGUCCAGCAAGAGACUGAACCAUUGCAGGCGGAAAAAGAAGUUAUGCAGACAGACCUAGCGGAGCUUAAAGAAGUUGUUUAUAAAGCGAAUUCGGAGUUCACCUUGGCUGAAACGGAGCUGAAACUAUGCGUCGCCAUGGAGGAAAAGGAACAAACCAAGCUGGCCGAACUGCAGAAUUUGCUUCAGACCUCGACGGCUACGAUCCAAGAGCGCACCCAACAGGUGACCGAACUGAAGAAGGCCAUUCCCAGUCUGAAGAAGCAGUUAAAUGAAGCCAAUGUUGAGCUAGUCCAGGUCAAGCAGGAGGAAGCUAAUCUUAUCAACUACAUUAGGACGGAAAGAGCCACCUUGGAGGAGAGCAAAAGUUCAAUGCAAGCUUCCCGAUCUAGAGGUCGCGUACUAGACUCUCUGCUCAAAGCCAAAAGUGAAGGAAAUUGUCCCGGUUUAUUUGGGCGACUGGGCGAUUUGGGUGCGAUUAACGCCAAAUACGAUGUGGCAGUUUCAACAGCCUGCGGCCCUUUGGAUAACAUCGUGGUUGAUUCAGUAAACACGGCUCAAUGGUGUAUUGCGUUCCUUAAAACUCAUGAUAUUGGCCGAGGGGUUUUUAUCGCUCUGGACCAACAGGAACACUUAUGGGAUCGAGCCUCUACUCCCAUUCAAACGCCAGAAAAUGUGCACCGACUUUACGAUCUAAUUAAAGUGCCAGACGAGCGAGUGAAAACCGCCUUUUACUACGCUUUGCGAGACACUUUGGUGGCCAAAGAUCUCGAGCAAGCGUCCAGGAUCGCGUAUGGAGCUCGAAGAUACCGAGUGGUAACUUUGAACGGAGAUCUAAUUGAAACUUCCGGUACCAUGAGUGGAGGUGGCACGAGAGUGUCUCGAGGUAGAAUGGGCCAAUCGGUGGCGGUUUCCAACAUCAAUCCCAAAGAUCUGGAAAAUCUGGAAAAGGAUAUUAAACAAAUGGAGAUUAACGUUGCAGCGUUGAGAGAACGACAGACUGCUUUAGAGGCCCUGAUUGGCGAGCUGCAGCCCAAGCUGCGCGCCGCGCAAACUGACCUGGAAAAAUACACUCAGGAGCUGCAGAGCCUUAAACAACAAUGUCCGAGUCUGCGUAGUAAACUUGCAGAGCAAGAAGUGCGGGCCAAAAAGACCAAAGCAGACGCGCACCAAGUAAAGAAACUGACGAGUGUCGUCGAAAAGCGCAAAGCUGAGGUCGACGCCGCAACAGAAACGGCCAAUCAAUUGCAAACGAAAGUUGAUAAGCUGUCCAAGAAAAUUGCCGAGAAAAGUACCGAUAAAAUUAAACCGCUGGACAAGAAAAUUAAAGAUCGUGUUGCAAGCAUGGAGUUGUGUAGAUCGCAGAUUACCAAGCUGAGAGUGGCCGUUCGAACGGCAGAGAGAAACUAUAUUACCACCAAGGAAAAUAUUGCGCUCAUGGAAGAAGAGGUGGGAGAAAUGGAAAACAGCCUGCGCAUCAUGAAGCAAGAACGGCAGGAAAUCGAGGAAGAUGCCAACAAGCUACUCAAAUGCGUUGAGGAAAUCACAGAGCAGUUGGCUGAAAGGGAAUCAGUUUUUACAGAGGCCAGACAAGAAAUGGAUGCCAUAACGAAGGAGGAAACGAAACUAAAAUCCGAAAAAAUUGAUGUUGAUGAGAAGAUUAGAGUUUUCGACAAGAAAUUGAAAGAAUAUAAUGCCAUCGUUAAUUCACUAAGGCACAAGCUGAAUAAUUUAAAGCUGCAACCGAUCAUCAACGAACCUGAAGAAGCACUGGAACAGUUCAGCGACGAGAAACUGGACGCUGAAGACUUGCAAGCAGCAGAAAAGAAACUGGAAUCGGCAGAAAAUUAUUUGAAAGCUGCUAAACCCAACCUGACUGCCAUCCAAGAGUAUCGUAAAAAACAGGUAAUCUACACCGAACGCGCCAAAGAAUUGGAGAUAAUCACUACUAAACGUGCCGAGAUGCGGAAACUGUACGACGACUUGAGGAGUAGAAGGAAGAAUGAGUUUAUUACUGGUUUUAGCAUAAUCAAAGGGAAGCUUAAGGAGAUGUACCAGAUGAUUACUAUAGGAGGGAGUGCGGAACUGGAAAUGGUCGAUUCAUACGAUCCAUUUAUUGAGGGAAUUCAAUUCAAUGUGCGGCCUCCAAAGAAAACGUGGAAAAAAAUAUUCAAUCUAUCCGGUGGUGAGAAAACCUUGUCCUCAUUAGCGCUGCUUUUCGCGCUACAUUACUACAAGCCGUCACCUCUGUAUAUAAUGGACGAAAUUGAUGCCGCUCUGGACUUCAAGAACGUUUCCAUAGUGGGCAAUUACAUUAAGGACCGAACGAAAAAUGCGCAGUUCAUCAUCAUUUCCCUUCGUUCCAAUAUGUUCGAGUUGUGUGACAAUCUCCUGGGCAUCUACAAGACGUUCAAUACUACGAAAUCGAUAACGAUAAACCCGAAAUGGUACGAUGGUGAACCUGCUGAACAAGAACCACCAGUAGAAGGGCAAAGUGACCAAAACGAGGCACUUGGAAGAAACGAAGUGGGUGUGGAAAGCAACAAUGCCUCUCAGGAAAAUGGCAAUGAUUCAUCCGAAGGAAGCCAAGUCGAUUCUGCGGAAGACCGAAUGGAAGGCUCCGAUAGAACUUUACCUGAAACUCCUGACCAGUCAUGUAGCUCGGGGGAUAUGAACUAGCCUGAUUGGAAGGAAUUAUUAUAUUAUAUGUAUAUAAUAUAUUGCUUAUUUUUA